AGAAUGUGGCAUCGCAGGUGUCUGUCCGUCUAUGUCGUCUGCCUCCUGUGGUCCCCGGAUGCGGAGGCCGGCUGGAAAUUCUCCCGGACGUCAAAAAAAAGCAGCAAAGAGCCUGGCUACCAGAAUGACGCGUCCACCUACGGACCUAACGUGUGCGCGGUGCAAGAGGUGUUCAGGACCGGUCAAAAGUUCUACCCAGACUGCGUCAAGUCUAGACUUAAGAAAGUGUGCGGGAAACCAACGUUCGUCCGCUACGAGUGUUGUUGUGGGUUUAACGUGAUGGACGGACAGGAGGGGUGUCCCGCAAUUAAGCCCACGAAGAACAUCCGGGACACGCUGGUAGACCUGGGCCUCAAGGAGUUCCUUCGGCUGCUCAAGAACACAGAGCUAGAGUACCGGAUGUUGGAGGCGGGGGCCUACACGGUGUUCGCGCCCAUAGACGAGGCCUUUGAACAUCUCACUCAGGACCAGAGAACGCGCGUGUUUCCCUGGACGUACAACGCCCUCUCUCUGUUGCACUACCACGUGGUCCCCGGCUGGCACCACUCCGACCUAAUGGGCCGACACGACAUGCUCCCUACCCUUUACUAUGGGCUUAAACCCGUCAUGAUCAACAAGUCGGCGAAACAAGGCUUGCACACCGUGAACUGCGCUCUCAUGAUACGGAACAACAUCCUGGCGUCCAAUGGCGUCAUUCACCUCGUGGAUCAGAUGCUGCAGACGUUCGACAUGUUCGGCAAUCUGACGGACGUGAUGUUCCGCGAUAGCGCCCAAUACUCUCAGUUCAUCCAGGUGCUCUACACGUCAGAGUUGUUUCCCUUGCUGCGGGCCGAGGGUCCGUUCACGCUGUUCGCGCCCAGUAACUACGCCUUCUCUCGUCUGCCCAAACACACACUAGAACGCGUGCUACGCGAGCAAAGGUCCGCGGAAGCCGUCGUACGCCACCACACGGCUGCCGGCGUGCACUGCAUCUCCGCCGUCAUGGACAAGGCUGCGGUGCGCAUGCUCGACGGCACCAAGGCGACGCUGCAGUGCAAGAAGAGCGGCCAUUACCUCCAAAAUUCGAAGAUUGUCACGUGGGACACCUUGGCAGGAAACGGUGUCGUGCACAUCAUCAACAAGAUACAGCUGCCGUCGUUUAUACAGAGCAUAGACGGCGUCGCCCGGGAACUGGGCCUAAACAAGUUCCUGCAGCUCUGCUUCGAUGCCGGCCUGCUCGACAAACUACAGGCAGAUACGGAAAUGACACUCUUUGCUCCCUCAGACGAAGCGUUCAAUGAUUUACAUAAGAACAAGAAAAAGGAAGUGUUUUCUGACCCAGAGGUAUUUGAGUCCAUAUUUGACUACGCGCUCACCGUUGGCAAGGUGCAUACGGACAACUUCAUGAGCGACAGUGGCAUCGUCAUGAACAACGGGUUACUACUAAAACUCGCCAUUCACAGAGAGGGGAUACUGGUCGACGACGCCUCGAUUACCUCCCCUAACCACGUGGCUGCCAACGGCUUCGUGCAUAUCGUGGAUAAAGUGCUCUUUCCUCCAAAAUACGAUAUUUACACCGUCAUUAAACAGAACCCGCAACUAAGCAUAUUCCGAAAGGGGCUGGAGAUAACGGAAGUACGGGAGCUGCUGUCAGACGCCAAGGCCACCUACAGCGUCUUCGUACCGACGGACGCGGCAUUCGAGAAGCUACCGACAUGGCAGGUGGACGCGCUCUUCGAUGACGAGAAGAAAAUGAGAAUGCUUCUCAAACAUCAUAUAGUUGGUCGGUACGUCAUCCACAGAGCGAUACCGCUGUCAUCAGUUCUUCUCCUAGAGUCCCUCCAAGGAGAACACAUUAACUUUCACCAUACGGCGGAAGACAAAUACUCCGUGGACACGUAUUCGGAUUUGCUGGACUCGCCCAUCAUCGCGUCCAAUGGCAUAAUAUAUCUGGUCGACCGAGUACUUGAGUGCGCGUGCAAACAGGAACCAAGUUGAAGGAGAUAAAACUUAUAAGGGCAGACAUUGUUUUCGAAUGAUCUCAGCGCAUCACUUGCAAUUCGCGUUGGCGCUUUGUGGCUUCCGUGUAUAAUGCUGUGAGCUGUGGGCGGCGAACUUACUCAUGACGUCAUCAGCUAAAUACGCCAUAUAUGUUAAUUCAUUGACAUAUAUUCUAUCUAUGUGACUUGUGUUCGUGCUAUGCAUCCGUUGUAACCAAUAUAUGUGUUUAAGAGGUUGUAUUUCAACACCAAUUGCUCAAAUCAUAACGACAUGUCAUCCACUUCAUGUGAUUUGCGAACAGCAGAAAUAUUACGCCAAAUGCCGAAUUACCAGUUGCUUAGAAUGGUGGGGUCAGCCGCGAUGAGAUUAAAUGUACAUUGAAAUCACUGACCGCUCAGGGAAUAUAUGUCAUCCGCUAACAGAACUAUUUCAGUUUUUGUGUGGAGAGCGAACGCAAUAUAUUGCGAUGUAUCAUCAUGGAAUUCCAUAGAUGUUGAAAAUAUAGCAGGACGAAGUGAAUCUUCCAAUGCGUCAGGGUAAAGUUUGCUCAAAGGGUCAUUAACGUUCUAUAGGUAAUACAGUGCAUAAGUAAUACAGUGACAAUUGUGUGUACAGGUGGUAACUCACGCCGGGUAUGCGGAUACUUUGAUAAUCGAUGGCACUUCGAUACCAGAUAACAACAAAAGCAACGCGAGAGAGUUGAGUUCUUCAGCUUUUUUUGCAUUUAUGUUCUGUUCAUUUGGUUUUCAGACACGUAACAUUGUUUGGUCGAUUAAUGGUAUAGUACUUCGUAUUGCGGAGCAAAAAAGUCGUGAAAAAAACAGUGAAUUAUAAAAAAGAGAUAACAUUUCAUCGAUAAUCGUCAUGAAUUCGAUGACCAGUAAGUAUUUCAACAAAAUAAAAAUACUUGGAAAUAAACCAAAAACGUGCCAACUAAUCGAACUAAAAGAUCAAUAUGUCCAUUAAAGUUACAACAUGUUAAAUUUUAGUUGAAUAACAUAUUUGAGGAAAUGCAAAUGUUUAAAGAGUCGGAUGCCAAUUUUUCAUGGACACUUCUUUUACCGAUCAUCUUAAAGACAAUGGCACUUUGAUUCCAGAUAACUCGACUCUUUUUUACAAAUAUAACACACUCUAUUUAGUGAAUCAGAAAUGCAAAAUUCGCUGUGGACUACUGCUAUAGUAAGCAGGCAAUAAAUAAAAAUGUAUGUACUGACGUAAAUUAAAAACGAAUUACCGAAACAUGUUUUUAUCCCUUUGGAAUAUGAUAAUAAAAGGGAAAGGGAAGUAUAAAGCUCAAUAUAAAGGGAGUUUUCCAACCUCUUUUACAUCUUGUUUUGAAUUAGUACCGUCUUCAUGAUGCGAUUCUAAUGAGCACCAAUGACAAAGGAUUGUAUCAGGUGUAUUGGCCGCUUUAAGACCCCUUGCUCCCCUUAUUUAGAGCCCUGCUAUAAGUUCAAUUGAAAACAGUCGUGUUGAUCCACAUGAUUCGUUGUAUUUUCAAUUCUCUUAAUCUCAAUUUACCACUUAAAAACAAGUUUAUUAUUUAAACAAUUAUUUUCGGUCGUCACUUGAAAUAUAUUACUUCAGAAAUAAGCAUUUGAACAGGGACCUAUACAAACUUUGUUUGUAUAGGUCCCUGAUUUGAAUCUUAUUUAAAAUGUGCACUUAUAAUAUUAAUUAUAUAAACUAAUAGAAAUAAGAAAACAAACAACGCCAGUGGUUAUAUUUUACAUGUGUAUGUAAUUACGUUAUGCAUAGAUUCCUAAUGUGUCGGGCUUGACAAUGCAAAUUGAUUCGUACUUCAAAAUGUUUGGUAAGAAUAGCCAUUAUAUACAUAGAUCUAAAUGCAUUUCAGGGAGAAAAUAAAACUCGGUUAUCAGAGUGCCCAAUUUGUUGAAAGUUUCUGUUAUCCGAAGUGCCCUAUAUCGGGAAUCAAAGUAUACGCAACUUCAUGAAUACCACCUAUUAAAACAUGCUCUAUCUUCGUUUAUAUUUCAUUGAAUACUAUCAAAAUUUCAGUAUUUGACACACAGUGAUUACUCUACAUGCUGGAAUAUCAAACAAUUUCUUGCAAUAUUUCUAAGUAGUUUUAUUGUGUUGAAAUGAUUACUGUUCAUCCAGUUUAUGUUGUUUUCCGACCGAAUUUUCUAUUUUUUGGGGAAAAAUCUACCAUUCUUCCGUAAUGUUUUUCUUUGCAAUAGAAAAGGAUACAUCAUUUAUAAACUCGACCAUGCGCCUUGUCUAAAAAACUAAUCUUUAUUAUAUAACUUUAAAAAAACUGAUGAACUAACCUCUCGCGCGUGACUUUUGUUGUUAUCUGGUAUCGAAGUGCCAUCUGUUAUCAAAGUAUCUGCAUACCAAUCGUGUAACUGUGGACUAUACACUCAGGGUCUCAAAAGUUGUGACAAAAACAACAAUAUAUUAAUUUAAAUGUAACGUUUUAGUGAUCAAACAUGAAUAUGGUGGUACACUGACAUUCUUGUUUCACAUAUUAUGAUGUUAAUCUUGCUUGAAAUGUUGAUGUUACAAUUAUAAGCGUAUGCAUGCGUAUCAAGUAUUAUUGAACUGCUUUGAAAUAUUUAAAAGCUUGUUAUGUGGCCGAUUUUUUUUAUAUAUACUUUAACAUGCUAUUUUAGGCCUGAGAUUGUAUGAAUAAAAUAUUUAUUUUUA